AUGAAAAAUAGAAUCAAAACGUUUCUACCGUCUCCUGAGUCUUUAGAGAUCAUAAAACCACUCAAGAAAAGUAAAAAGGCAAGGAAAGAACGACCUUCAAAACAACGCUUAGCAAAGUCGAUUUAUGAUGAGACAGAUCUUUCAAAACUUACACCAAGGCAAAGAAUUCUUCAUCAAAAAUAUCAUCAGAAUAAGCAAAAUGCCAAUAACUUUUUCAUAUUAUCUAAUAACAUAUCAGCAAAUAGUACUGAACGCAUGAUCUCAACAGAAAAGACAUUAAAACAAAGUAAAUUAAAGAAUAAACGAUCCAUUAAAAUGUUUAAAAUACAAGCAUUAGAACCUGUCAAUAAAUCUAGAUCAGAUGAAGUUGAAGAAUACAAUGAGAAUUCAUCUGAUGCAUUGGCUCAGGAGAGCAGCUAUAUUCCUAUAGAAACGAGUGAUUUAAUAAAAAGCGAAUACGAAGAUCUCGAUUGUGAGGAUUCAUCUUCUAUGGAAUCUUUAAUAAUAGAGCCAUUAUGUGUCGAAUCACCAUUUAAUGAUACUCCUAUUGAGUCAAAGCUAAAAAAUAGCAAGAUUUGUAUAAGAUGCUUCAAGGAUGCAGUGAGAGUAUAUCUAAAGUUCGAAAAUAUGCAUAGCAUCCAUCGAUGUAAGCUUCAGAAGCUUAUAAUGGUUCACAAACAUAAAAUACGGCAAAAUUUGAAACAAAAAGCUUGUUUUAGUAUUAUAAAAAAUGACGAAAUGCAAUUUUUAUAUGCACUCGAAAACGCAAGGUGUUGUACUUCAUGA